AUGACUCCUCAUCCGGGUCUUGAGGCCGAUGAAAUCAGAAAAAAAUCCCAGAAGGACCUGCUCAACCUCCUUGAAGCUGUAAGGGGGAAGAAGAACCUUGUAAUCAGCAAGGAUCUUGCCGGUCCCAUCGGUGUAUUCGUCAAAUUUUCAGUCCUUCAGGAGUAUGGAGUGGACCGAGUAUUCUUGCUCGAAAAUGAGAAUGUCGAUUCUUCUCAGCGGAAUAUUAUAUUUCUAGUGCACGCUGAAAAACCCAGCCACGUACAAUCUGUUGCUGCUCAAAUUCGAAAACUUCAGCACAAUGGUGCAGCCGAGCUUGAAUUUUCUAUAUUCUGGGUGCCACGGAGGACCCUUGUCUCCAACCAAAUUCUUGAGGAGGAAGGAAUUAUUGGAGACGUGAACAUUGCCGAGCUUCCGUUUUAUUUCUUUCCUCUAGAGAACGAUCUUCUUUCACUAGAGCUUCAAGAGUCUUUUAAGGAUCUCUAUCUAGAACUAGAUACGGAAGAAUCCUCGAAUCUGGGAGACGGGUUAAGAAGAGGCCUCAUGGUCAGCUCUACUAUUGAAAACUUAAUCAUCCUCGAUCGCGAAGUGGAUUUUGCGACGGUGUUAAUGACACAGUUGACAUAUGAAGGCCUUGUGGAUGAGCUUUUCGGGAUAAGCCAUAAUCAGACUGAAAUUGACUCGACAAUAAUUGGUGCAGGCACUCCAGGUCAAGCAUCUCAAGCUUCAUCUGCUGGUUCGUCGUCAACUCCCAAACAGUCGUUGAAACGCAAGAUCCAAGUAGAUUCUUCCGAUCCACUUUUCAACCAACUUCGUGACGCAAAUUUUGCCAUUGUUGGUGGUAUCUUAAACAAAGUUGCACGGAGACUGGAAAAUGAUUACCAGAGUCGGCAUGGUGCCAAAACAACUUCGGAGCUACGGGAAUUUGUGAACAAACUCCCGGCUUACCAGGCCGAGCAUACAAGCCUGAAGGUGCACACCAACCUCGCAGAAGAGAUCAUGCACCAGACUCAGUCCGAUGUGUUUCGGCGAAUCCUUGAGGUUCAGCAAAACGUAGCGGCGGGUGCCGAUGCUGCAACUCAGCAUGACUUGAUUGAGGAGCUCAUUGCGCGAGACAUUCCCAUAAAAUCCAUUUUGCGGCUUUUGUGCAUCGAAUCGUGCGUCGGUGGCGGUCUUCGCCCUAGAGAUCUCGAUAACUUCAAAAGACAAAUCCUACAGGCCUACGGAUAUCAACAUUUACUGACCCUCGACGCUCUGGAAAAGAUGGAGCUGCUUCAGUCACGGUCUUCAGCCACAGCCAUGAUUUUGCCCACUGGUGGUAGCGGUGGAGCAGGUCUAAAAACAAACUACAAUUACCUCCGCAAAGCCCUUAGACUCAUUGUGGAUGAAGUCGAUGAACAGAACCCUGACGAUAUAGCAUACGUUUACAGCGGAUAUGCGCCGUUAAGCAUCCGUUUGAUCCAGUGUAUCUUACAAAAAUCGCACAUUUUGACCCUAACGAAAAAUUUACCUGCGCCUGCAGCAGCUGCAUCAAGUGGCACUCCAUCUCCAGGGUGGCUGGGAUUUGAAGAUAUUGUGAAAAGUGCCCGUGGAUCAACGUUAAACAUUGUUCAAAAGGCCGAGGAGACAGCUAGCCGGGCGAAGCAGACAUUAGCGGGGGUUGGUGGAAUCAAAACAGUGUUUAUUUUCUUCCUAGGUGGUAUUACGUUCACCGAAAUUGCGGCGUUGCGCUUCAUUGCCCGACAGGAAGCGGGAAGAAGACAAAUCAUCAUCUGUACGACGGGGAUUAUUAACGGAAAUAGGAUGAUGGAGGCUGCCAUGGAAAGGUCGACUGUAGAGCCAUCUUCAUAG